GCCAGAUGGCAUAGAAUCAGAAGUAAAAUCGUCUGUGAACACACAAAAACACACAAAAAAAAUCUCGGAAAAAAAUUACACCAGAAAUCUGGACAAAAUUUCACCGAUUCGUGCUCGAUUAGAUUCAAAAUUUUCUUUCGGCCCAACUAUAAGAUAGUGAAACAAAACCACGGUGUGUCGAGUGUGUGUUAAAUUUAAAUCGCGCUUAAAUUAAUUGGUCCUUCAGCUGACUUGGGAAGAAUAUGUGCUCCAUCUGCUAGUGCUCGAAGGCGGGAACAGAGGCGUGUCCGUUCCGGGAUACAGAUAGUCCAGACAGGCCGCAGGCUCAAGAGGACCCAGAGGAGACCCCCUCCUAACCAUGGGCAAGAAGGGCAAGGGAAAGGGAAAGAAGGGCAAGAAGCCCGCGGCAGUGGUGGCCCCCGUCGAGGCACCACCAUGUCCUCCGUGCCCGGAACUGCCGAAGCAGAUGCAGCCACUCGACGCGUGUCCGGAAUCCAGUGGACCCCACGAUGUACUCCGGGCCCAGCCGAAUCAUUAUCCGGCACUCCUUCGCAUUCCGGAAACGAUGGCGGUGGUGGGAUCGGAGAAUGGGUGCUACGACAGCAUCUGCAAGCUGCUGAGGGCCGGAUUCCGGUGCGCCGAGAGGGUCUUCGUGAUGGCCCCGUGGGGCAACUAUGUGGUCUUCCGGUACCACAACAACAACGACUUCAUCUACUUCCUGUUCGAUGGAUGCACCUGCGAUGUGAACAGGUUCCGGUACUUGGACCUCAGCUGUGGAACGGCCGGAUUCCUUUUCUUCGACAACAUGCACGACGUCAUCAGCUAUAUCAUCCAGUCCCGAAAGACGCGUCUCUAUCUGGAGAAUCUCAACAAGAUCGCCAUCGACCAGAUUGUGGAGGAGUACGGCGCUGUAACCUACACCCAAAAGGCCAAGUGCAUGCGGUUCGCUUGAGUGGGUCACCCCUGGUGACCCAUGAUCCCAAAUACGACACCCGGUUUUUUCAUGCAACAUUUGGUACAGAUCUUUUUCAGUAAAUAACUUGGAACUAA